AUGCGGAGUCACGACUGAUAAAUAUUUGUGGCUGGUAUUUGGCAAACAGUCCGAGCGAAUUCAGGACACGCGCUGAGUUUGGUUUGCCUGCUCCAUUCUAUAAGUCAUAUUUGUUUUUGUGGAAUUAAGCGCGAGGAUUAUAUCGCAGGGAGGAGUGCGGGUGGAGGCUGUGUAUUUUGGGAUCAUAUUUGCUGGAUAGGAAUGGUGUAGGGCGAGGAGGCCCUGUAGAUGUGUGUCAUGAAGCUUCUCACCGCCUGAGUUUCUUCUUUUUCACAGUGACCUCAUAAAGGGAGCACAUUCUCAUUCAAAAUGAUGAUGCAUAAGCAGUCGGCCCGUACCUCCCCGGGCAGUGUUUGUUCUCUGCGUGGAGGAGGUGUUCCUGGAUCCCCGGCGGUCACUAUAGUGGCCAAAAUGGACAAUCAAGUGAUUGGAUAUAAGGAUCUAGCAGCUAUACCUAAAGACAAGGCCAUUCUGGAUAUAGAGAGGCCUGACCUGAUGAUGUAUGAGCCCCACUUCAGCUAUUCACCGAUGGAGAGGUCAUUAUCUCCUCGUUCAAUCUCCCCUCCUCCAUCUCCAGAGACCAGUCUAUCAAAGGAUGUCUAUCAGAGGGAUUGGUCAGAUCCCAAGUCGUCAGGCAGCUCGUCUCCAGCGUCCACACAGCUGAGUAAAAGCAUCACCGUCAGCACAAAGGUCCCACACCAGCAACAGCACUUCCACAGGCCAGACAAUGGAACCAACAUAUACAAGAAGCCACCAAUAUAUAAACAAGAUGUCUCCGCAGCCGUUCCACACAGUAAACACAUGGAGGAUUUAAUCAUCGAGUCUUCAAAGUUUCCCGCCGCACAGCCUCCAGACCCCAACCAGCCGUCUAAGAUAGAGACGGACUACUGGCCCUGCCCUCCCUCACUAGCUGUUAUCGAGAAAGAGCGGAGGAAGAGUGUGGUGUCCAGGGUGGCUGAGGGAGAGGAGGGUGAGGAGGAUGAUAAGUAUGAUGACAGUGAAGACAUGUGGAGACUUCGGCAAAUGCAGAAACAAGAGCUCAACAAGAUUCAAUCCAAUCUAGGAAAAUUGAUACUAAAGGAGGAGAUCGAAAGCUCAGCCCCUGUCCGAAGGAAAACGCGGUCUCUUCCCGACAGGACACACGUGCAUCUGGCCUCUAAAUCCCCCUCAUUUCCUUCCUACACUAAGACUGGCCUGACUCGGCUCCAGUCUGCAGAGUUCUCCUCUUCAAACAGUGAUAAAGGGAGUCAAAAUUUCCAGAAUGGAGAUGCCCAAAGCAGAAGAAUAGACAGAGGGAAUUCACUCCCUAGUAUGCUGGAACAAAAGAUUUACCCAUAUGAGAUGCUCAUCGUGACACACAGAGGCAGAAACAAACUCCCUCCUGGUGUAGACAGGACAAGACUGGAGAGGCACCUGUCACCUGGGGAAUUCCAGAAUGUCUUUGGAAUGUCUUUAGAUGAAUUCGACCGGCUCUCCUUUUGGAAGCGGAACGACCUGAAGAAGAAAGUCUCUCUCUUCUAGUAGUCAGAGAAAUACGCUCUUUUACUAACACUGUCACACGUCUGCACUUCUGCACAGGCGAUACAAGUUAAGGAACGAUGAGGAAUGUGGAAUAAGGAAUGUGAUUAUGGAGCCAGCAAAAAAAAAUCAGUUAUCCUUAUCGUUUGAUAAGCCCCAUAUCUGAUCGCAGCUAACAAUCAUAUCUGAGUCUCUCUUUUUCUAGAUGCAGCUACUAUGUCAGGGCUUCACUGAGGUUACCAAGUCCUCUUCUGUAAUGAUAUACACAGAUAAUAAUGCUACAAAUACACAUGAAACAGAUAUGAAUCACACCAGUUAUCUGAGUAGACCAAAUCCCUGCAGAACAUUUCAGAUGGACCAGCAGGAAUCUGUGCGUUUAAGUCACUGCCACAGCCUUUAUGUGAAUUAUGAAUUAACAAACUUUCAGAAUAUGGGUCAAUUACUUUUUUAUUUAUUCAUUUGUUAAAAAAUAGAUUUAAAAUGCAAUUUAUAUAUAGAAGGAGUUGAAUAAACCUCUUCUUUGAUGAGCAUGAUUUUAUUUUAUGAAUUAAAAUGAAGAAUAAAAUUCAUAAAAAGGACAGAAUUGUCCUAAUAUAAAGAAGUUCUUGAAAAGAAAAUCUUAUUAAGUGGUUUGGCAUAAUCUUUUAUUUUUAUUCUUUUCAAAAAGUGUAAUAUUUUAACAAAACUGCUUCACUGCUUAUAAAUGUAAAAUAAAUAAAAAAAACUUUUGUUGCUAAAUCUAAAUCAUGUGGUUCAACCGACAUGCAG